CACAGUGCUGCCCCGCGGGCAAAACAGAGCAUGCUGCGUCUCGCAGCGGCGUGCGCGGCGCUGGGUGGCGUCCUGGCGCUCGAAAUUGCCGUGCCGGUCGAUGGCAAUGACUUCCUGGUCAGCCUGCGGGACGGGCUCCCGCCGUCCGAAAUGGCCAGCGAGGCGCGCAUCGGUGCACGUGCCGUCAUCGACGCGCUCAGGGACGCGGGCGGCCUGGGCGGAGGCUGUCCGGCGGACGACCGCGACUGUCUGGUGGAGGUUGUGGCGGGCUACAUCGCGGCGCGCGAGGACGCGACGCGCGUGCGCUGGCCCUUCGAGGCGGCAUACGGCGGGCCGGUGCCGCGCGCGACUUUUCAAUUCGUGAUCACCGCUCUCGCAGCGCACGGUGUCCGCGGCGGCCUCGUCGAAAUCGGCGCCAAGGCCGGCAAGUCAUUCCUGGCCCUUUUGGAGCCGUGGUGGAGGUCGGGCAUGGGUGGCGGCGGCGUCGCUGUCGCGAUCGACGUGUGGGGCGACCAGGACGCCAACCCCGACCGGAGUGGCUGGGGCGGAGCCCUCAGCGACCCGGCCGCGUGGGGCGCAGGCAACCGCGCGAUGCUCGAGGAACACGUCGCGGCCGCGGCGCGCGCCGUGGGCGACGACGCGCUACGGGACGCGGUCGUUCUGCUUGAGCACUCGUCCCUCGACCUCGCGCCGGCGGCGCUCCGCGCCGCCGCCGGGGGCGAGGUCGCUGUCUUUUCCGUCGACGGCUGCCACACGUUCGCGUGCGCUCGCUCCGACCUCGAGCUCGCGUGGGCCGUCCUCGCGCCGCGCGGCGUCGUCGUCGUCGACGACUACGUGGCCUCGGACGAGUGGCCCGGCGUCUCCUUCGCGGUCGGGGCCUUCCUCGCGGCGCACGCAGACGCGGUGCCCGUCGCGUACGGCGCGCGUCGCCUCUACCUCGCGCGCGCGCCGGCGGCGCCCUUGCUCUUCCAAAUCUUCAGGUCCUUCUGCGGGGCGACGGCUGCCCGCCGGCGUGUCGACGUCGACUCCGUCUGCACGACGCGCGCGGGCACGGGGCCCGGCGGCGCUGACGUCCUCUUUGUCCGCGACGGCGCGGACCCCGGGUCUCUCUGAUGCGGGCCUCGACGGGUCCGGGGACUAAUCUCGCGGUUGUUGUUGACUUAUAAAUUUAUUUAUUUGCUUUG